AAGCGGGUUCUUGGUCUGGAGGUAUAAAUACCAGCGUCUCCCCUGAAGAAUCUGAGAAAAGGAAGACUGAGGCCAACGGGAGGUUCUGCUCACGGUGCCACGAGAUGCCAGAGACAUGUGAUAAGAGUGUAAGAUGUGGACAGAACCAGGUUCAACCACAGCAUGACAACAUCAAGCACCGGGAGGGACCACGCCCUCCUCCUCCUCCUCCUCCUCUUCCUCCUCCUCCUCCUCCUCCGACCGGAGAAGCGGCGUCACCGCCUGCCUCAGGAAGUCAGCGGUGGGGAAGUAUGGACGGCAUGAGGCUGAAGCAGCAGAGACCAUCGGUUCUGCGUCAAGUUUCCCAAACAAUAUUCAGACGACAACACGGCCAUCCAGAGAGCAGUGCAGCCAUCUCUAUUUGCAAGGAAGAGGUGGAUGCAAGCCAUCUUCCCUCGUCGUCUUCACCACACAUGGACUCCUCUCCCAGAGCAGCCCAUCAGUUCCUCCCCUCAAGGACAGAUGGCCCCAGGCAGAACUUCAUCGAGGCCAGGAUUCAUGAUGGCAUCAACGACGGGACGAGCGCUCUGUUUGUGAGCGGCCUCUGCCGCUGGCCCGGCUGCGACGCCGUCUCUGAAGAUUUCUCUAGUUUCCUAAAGCAUCUCCAUUCAGAACACAGACACGGGGACAGAAGCAUUGCUCAGUGGCGGGUCCAGCAGGACAUCGUUCAGUGCAUGGAGAGCCAGCUCAUUCUGGAAAAACAGAAACUCAUUGCGAUGCAGCUUCAUCUGUCUGAACACAAAUACUCUGAUUUGAAGGCAGCUUCAGAGUGGCCGUACAGCCUCCCUUUGUUCCUGCCCCAGCCUCAUGUGACCGACGGAGUCCAACAGUGGGGCAUUAAGCGUCUGGAGGACCUGGUCCAACCCGGCUACAGAGCAGCCGGAUCUGCCCUUCCUCUGCCAGAGUUGGUCGCCAGCAUGGAGUGUUACAAGUACAACAACAUCAGGCCUCCGUACACCUACGCCUACCUGAUCCGAUGGUCUAUCCUGGAGUCUCCAGACAAGCAGCGCACUCUGAACGAGAUCUACAACUGGUUCACCACCAUGUUCUUCUACUUCAGACACAACACUGCUACCUGGAAGAAUGCAGUACGUCACAACCUGAGCCUUCACAAGUGUUUUGUGCGAGUGGAGGGAGGAAAAGGAGCAGUGUGGACAGUGGACGAAAGAGAGUACCAAAGAAGGAAGGGACAGAAGUAUCACAGGGACUGUCCUGUGAAGUGGCUCACAUCCUGCUCCACGUACAGCCCCGAGGACCCCUGAACACCACCUGAGCUGCUCCUUGGCUUCAGCAGCUGGAGCCACAUCCACAUGUGCUGGAGAACCACAUCAAGAAAUGAAGAAUCUGUACAUUUGUUUGUUUAUAUGUUUUAUUAUUUUCCAAAUGACUUGAUUAAUGUGACUGUAUAAUCUGUAAUGAGACAGUAUUUUGUAACCAAACCGGGCAGCUUCUGGUUUUUGUACUUUGUAAAUCCAACAGAACCGCAGCAGAAUAAAUAACGGUAGCGUUUGUGGGUGUUUGGUCAUUAUGCUGGUUUUACCGUUUCCAGAUCUGACAGUUUGUUUCAGCGAGCAGGUUAGUAGGUCGGAUAUCUCUGACAUGGGUUGUUUCCAUCCUCCUGUACUGUCAUCUGCUCUUUAAACUUAGAUGUAGACUUUCACAAAAACAAUAUUAAAAUGGGUCAGUACCUUCUAA